AUGUCAAGUGAUGAUAAAAGUAAAUCCAGUGAACAAAAGAGUGAGCCCAAGUGUGAACAAAAGUGUGAGCCCAAGUGUGAGCAAAAGUGUGAACAAAAGUGUGAGUCCAAAUCCCAGCCCAGCUGUUUAAAGAAGUUGUUGCAACGGUGCUCUGACAAGUGCCCACGGGACAAGUAUCCAUCACCAUGUGCACAAAAGUCUCCCCCACUAUGUCCCCCUCCCUGCUCCCCACCAUUCCCUCCCCCCAAGCCUAUCUGUCCGAAGUCCUGUUCUCCAAAAGUCACCCCUCCAUGCCCACCCCCAGAGUGA